UUGACUCUUCAAAAACAAAAUUAAUUUCUUUAGAUCGGCUGUUGAAAGAUUCAAGCCUGUUUUCCUCGAUAUUUGGCACAUACGCACUUACAGCUAUGAUCUGAAGCAUGAUCGUUCCUUUUCGCUAACAGUACGCGCCGUUGCCUAUGAAGUGGCGAAGCGGUUAAAUAAGCUUCUUCAACCCAUAAUAGAGGGUGACGAAUACGAUUUGGCUGAUUAUGGAUUGAACACUCUCAGUCGCAAUGUGUCCACUGUUAAAUCAUCUAUCAAAGUGUACGCUGAAAUUGUCAAAACCAUAAAAAAGGAGGGACUCAUUGGUGGCCAGGUACUGACCAUGUUACAUCGUGCGCGAGAGGCAGCUAUCAUUGCCAAGGAUAUUCGCGAUCUCACAGAAAUUUUUGAUGUUGCUUGGAAGAUGUUUGCGAGCAGAAUAGGUACAUGGGUGGAACAAGGACUAGUGGAUGACUGCGAACUGGAGGUAUUCGCUCAUCUAGCAAUCAGCUUUUUUUUCUAA